UUAUUACGAACUAUCAAACGAUUUUUAGUUUCAUGAAAGUGCAGUGGGAAACAUGGGGUGUGUGAUCAAUAUUGUGAAAUAUAUUUUGUUUGCUGUAAAUUCUUUAUACUCUAUAUUGGGUAUUGGAACUUUAGCGAUUGGUGCACUGGUCAUCUCUCAAUUUGAUGUCUCGAACAAAGAUGAACUGAAUUAUUUAUCAUUAUGGUUCAUCAUCAGCGGAUGCUUUUUAUUUUUAAUAGCCCUAUUUGGCUGCUGUGGAGUUAUCACAGAAAAAACAUACCUUCUUUUAGUGUUUACGUUGUUUAUGACAAUAUUACUAUCCGCUAAGAUUUAUGUGGUUGUAGAAUUACGUCAGUCACUGAUCGAAGAAGAAGUAAAAGAUGCACUCAAUGAAAUAUUUAGUGACCCUCACUCACAAGAAUCAUUUUAUUUAAUGGAAAGUCUGCUUAAAUGUUGCGGAACGACGGGUGCAGAAUCGUAUGAAAAACUUAAUAUGACACUAUCAAUAACUUGCUGUCCUCUGCCAGAAUCCUCCGAGAUCGAACUAUGUUCCAAAGAAAACGCCUACGAUGGAUGCGUAAAAGCUGUAAUGAAAUUAGUCAAUUCAAUAUCUGAUGCAGUGUUCUAUGCUGUUUUGGCUGUAAUAAUCAUCGAGUCUGUCGGCGUAAUUUUCGCUUCGUGCCUGAUCUACGAGAUAUGCAAAAAGAAGAAGAAAUUAAAUUACUAUCAACGCUCUUAACAAACGUUGUGAUUUAGAUCUUAUAAAGAUGCUACGAUGGAGAAUAAUACAAAGUAAUAAAAGCCAAAAUAAUGGGCAUUAUUUCGAGAAAAUCAACUAAAAUACAGAUUUUUUCAAAAAG